CAUUAUUAAGACUCGAUCACAAUUUAGAGACCAGAGAAUCCCUAUCCAUUCCGAAAUGUAUAUUUAUGAAUAGCAUGAAAAUAAAAUAGCAACGGUAUUUGUGUUGGGUUAGUAACAGUGUUUGUUGCAAUGAGUAUUAAAGCUUUUGAUGGAUCUUCUUAUUGUUACUUCCAUUCCCAGUUUUCAAAAAAGCGGUUUCCAUCAAGAAAGAAGUCAUAUCUGAAGCUGAAGUGUAGCACUUCAAAUGAAGAACAAGAUUAUCUGCUGGAUGCUCCUGUUUCUGUUGGGGAUGGUUUCUCUUUCAGUGGUGGAAAGUAUUCAGAUGGGCCCAAUCCAAGUGAUGAAUGGUUUAAGCAAGGGAAAAUGGUUAAAGCCUAUUCAAUUCCUAGAACUGGUGAAAAGGCAAAAGAUCCAAUUUUUGGGCUAACAAUGGGUACUAGUUCUCAAUCUACUGGUGACCGUUUCAGAUGGUUUUGUGUUGAAAGUGGAAGUGUUGAUAAUCCUACAGUGAUAUUAAUCCAUGGUUUCCCUUCACAGGCAUAUUCUUAUCGCAAAGUUCUUCCAGUACUCUCCAAGGACUAUCGUGCAAUAACAUUUGACUGGCUAGGAUUUGGAUUUUCUGAUAAACCUCAACCAAGAUAUGGGUUUGACUACACCCUUGAUGAAUAUGUGUUAUCAUUGGAGUCACUUAUUGAUGAACUGGCUGUUACUAAAGUCUCACUUGUUGUCCAGGGAUAUUUUUCACCAGUUGUUGUUAAAUAUGCCAGCAUUCACCAGGAAAAGAUUAACAAUUUAAUACUCCUUAAUCCACCUUUAACAGCCCAACAUGCCAACCUUCCACCAACACUGUCCAUAUUCAGCAACUUUCUGCUAGGUGAAAUAUUUUCACAGGAUCCAUUAAGGGCCAGUGACAAAGCCCUAACAAGCUGUGGACCCUAUAAAAUGAAAGAAGAAGAUGCAAUGGUUUAUAGAAGACCCUAUCUUAUAUCUGGAUCCUCAGGUUUUGCAUUGAAUGCAAUUACCAGGACAUUGAAGAAAGACCUCAAGAGGUAUGUGGAGGAUAUGCAGACAAUACUUAAGGACAAAAGUUGUAACGUUCGAACGACGAUAUGUUGGGGUCAGAGGGAUCGUUGGUUGAGCUAUGAUGGAGUUGAAGAUUUUUGCAAAGAUUCCAACCAUACACUCAUUCAAGUUCCAAAGGCUGGACAUCAUGUACAGGAAGAUUGUGGUGAAGAACUUGGACAACUUAUUUAUGGAAUAAUAAGAAAAAAAAAUUAAGGAUGAGAACAUUAAUUUAAUAUUUUUCAUUUAUACAAUCAUAUUAAUUUGCAGUCUCUAGAAUAUAAAGUAAUGUUUAUUGGAAUUGAGUACACUAAACCAAAUAUGGCAUCAACAUUUUCA